CUCUUUGUGUCUCCCAUGGCUUUGUGUCUGGAACUAUUUAAACAAUGUUCGGCAUGCCUAGUGGGCUAUAAAAAGACACCACCACCGGUCCCACCUCGGACCACCUCAAAGCCGUUCAUCUCUGUCACAGUGCAGAGCAGCACUGAAUCGGCACAAGACAACUACCUGGACAACCAGGACCACAAGAGUGAAGUCAACAGCCAGUCGGGACUGAGCAAUUCCUCAGAUAGCUUAGACAGUACUAGGCCACCCAGCGUAACGAGAGGAAACAUCACUCCAGCCAGUGAGCCUCCUGAGUUACCCCAGAAAAAUGCAUCCUUGAAGAGUGACAAAGGAACGUUGACUAACGAAGAACCAAAGGUGGAGAACAUCCCCAAAAGGAAGCUGUCGUCUAUAGGAAUACAAGUUGACUGCCUUCAACCAGUGGCAAAAGAGGAGCUCCCUCCAUCAGCCACCAAAUUCCAGUCCAUCGGGGUACAGGUAGAGGACGAGUGGCGCAACAGCCACUCUCACAGCAUGUCCAACAAACAGGAUACAGAUUCUGACUCACAAGAGCUGAAUAAUUCAACCUGUAAAUCAUCUGAAAGAAGCCUUCCUGAUUGCUCCCCCUGUAACAACUCCAACAACCUCGAUGCCAACACAAGGCAAACAGCCAUGCCCUCUGAGAUCAAGAAAAACCUCUCCUAUGGAGAUAGCAAUGACCCAGCCUUGGAACCUUCCUCUCUCCCACCUCCUGAUCCUUGGCUUGAAACGUCCACCAACACUCCAUCAGAACCAACACAAUCGGGAGCUUGCCGAAGGGAUGGGUACUGGUUUCAGAAACUCCUACAGGCAGAGACGGAAAGGUUGGAAGGGUGGUGUCGACAGAUGGACCAAGAGACCAAAGAGAAUAAUCUCUCUGAAGAAGUCUUAGGCAAAGUCCUCAGUGCAGUGGGCAGCGCACAACUACUAAUGUCACAGAAAUUCCAGCAAUUCCGUGGCCUCUGUGACCAAAACUUGAACCCCAAUUCCAACCCUAGGCCCACAGCACAGGACCUUGCAGGGUUUUGGGAUCUCUUACAGUUGUCCAUUGAAGACAUCAGCAUGAAAUUUGAUGAACUGUACCACCUAAAAGCUAAUGGUUGGCAGGUGACAGAGCCAUUGGAGAAGAAGGAAGAAAAGAAACCACCCCCUCCUGUGCCAAAGAAGCCAGCUAAACCGAAAUCUCAGCUAAACCGGGAUAAGGCAUCUGACUCGGUAGACAAACAACGCCAGGAAGCUCGCAAACGCCUCAUGGCAGCCAAGCGUGCUGCCUCUGUUCGACAAAACUCUGCCACUGAGAGUGCGGACAGCAUUGAAAUCUAUGUUCCUGAGGCGCAGACCCGUCUUUGAGCAAAAAGAAGAGGAAGAAAACACUUUUUUCACACCAUUAAAAGAAAAAAAAAAAGUUCACUAAACAGUAGUGUGAUUUCUUUGGU